AUGAGGCGGUGAGUGAAAAGAGGAACUGAUUAAAAGAUUGGUUAAUCGAUUUGGAAAGCCAAGGGAAAAUACUUUUUAGAAGAAAAAGGAAAUCUUUUUUUGCAGGUGCAACUUCUCCUCGAACGACGAGCUCAUAAUUAUGAAUCACGUUUGCACUUUUCACGCCGGACAGCCCCUUCCGCCGAACCUAAUUUUCAGCCACAUCGACGCCAAUUGCACUGGUGGCGAUUGGGAAAGUCCGUUCGAUACGCAUAAUAUCUGAUUUUCGAGAAAAUGUUUAGGCUGAAGAAACAUUUCUACUUCCAAAAGCGUAGUAGAGUCCCUAGACAAGAAAACUACGCCUGAAAAAGAUCGUUUGAUACGAAGAAAUCCCGGAUUAUCAAAGUCUUCAGCCUGAAAAAAAGCAUUUUCCUGUUUCUAAAGCUUGUUUGACGCGUCUUGAAUCUUUCUGUUUGCCUGCGUCUCUCUGUUCCCUAUCCGGCAAGGUCAGAGAAACAUGAAAAUAGUACGUCGAGGUGAGAUGGGCCACCGAGAGAUGAGGGGGGCGCAGAGAAAAACAGCAGUUUCAAGUGGCGAAACACGGAAAAGAAAACGUAAAAGUUGAAUUUUGGUUCCUGAGAAUGUUCUAUCAAGGGCCUUGAAAUUCGCUUAUAAGAGUAGACCUAAGUUUUGAAGCAACACCGGUAACCUGUCAUUUUUUCAGAUUGUAUCCUAUCUAGAAAACAGUCGCAUUUCCAUUGCACCCAGUGUCGGAAGGUCUUUUUUCUUUUGCUUUUUUUUGAACCUGGAAAUUUUUCAGAUAUUUUUUAGCCUUCGCCAGCACCUAGUAUGUCCGCCUCAGACUCCACCAACUUCAACUACAGCCUCGAAUCCUGAGGUCGGGCUGAGAGUUCUGCUGAUACUGUUAAUUUCUCAGGCUCAGGUAUGCUCCAGACCUUUCUGCAAGCUGAAGAAGAAGAGCCAUUUUCACUGCAAGUACUGCGACCAAGGAUUUUCCAAUCCUUCGAAACUUCUGCAUCACGCCCAGCGGCACAAGUUUGGAGUCGAAUUGUUUUUGGACGGAUCAAAAGGAAAGUUCAGACCUGCAAGGAGCUCUCCCCUUGAUGUUGGCGUUGUCUAG